AUGCCGUAUAAUAUUGCUAUGGUCAGUGACUUCUUCUUCCCGCAGUCAGGUGGGAUUGAGAGUCACAUCUACCAACUGUCGUCCAAACUUAUCGACCGAGGACACAAAGUCAUUGUCAUCACACAUGCAUACAAAGGACGCACCGGAGUCCGCUAUCUCACCAAUGGGCUGAAGAUCUACCACGUUCCUUUCUUCGUCAUCUACCGCGAAACCACAUUCCCUACCGUUUUCUCGUUCUUCCCCAUAUUCCGAAACAUUGUCAUUCGAGAGGAGAUUGACAUCGUACAUGGACACGCCAGUUUGAGCAGCUUCUGUGGAGAAGCUAUCCUUCAUGCACGCACUAUGGGUCUGCGGACCGUCUUUACGGAUCAUUCCUUAUUUGGGUUUGCCGACGCAGCAUCUAUUCUCACCAAUAAGCUACUCAAGUUCACAUUGAGUGAUGUCGAUCAUGCAAUCUGUGUUAGCCAUACUUGCAAGGAGAACACAGUCCUUCGAGCUUCACUGGACCCGUUGAUGGUAUCAGUUAUUCCAAAUGCCGUUGUGGCAGAGAACUUUUGUCCUUUAUCACACACCACGCGUCUGCCAGAUCAGACCCUAAGCUCAUCCCCGGACCCUCCCUUAUCACCGCGGCCAAUUGGCCCAGAUGACCCAAUUACAAUUGUAGUCAUCUCUCGCCUCUUUUACAACAAAGGCACAGAUCUACUUAUUGCCUCUAUCCCACGCAUUCUUGCCUCCAAUCCCAACACGCGUUUCAUUAUUGCAGGAUCGGGGCCUAAAGCAAUCGACUUGGAGCAGAUGCUGGAACGCAACGUGCUGCAAGACAAAGUCGAGCUGCUAGGCUCAGUACGACAUGAGGAGGUCCGAGACGUGAUGGUACGAGGAGACAUCUACCUCCAUCCGAGUUUGACGGAGGCAUUCGGAACAGUCAUUGUCGAAGCUGCGAGUUGCGGUCUUUACGUGGUGUGUACCCGGGUCGGUGGUAUCCCCGAAGUCUUGCCCCAACACAUGACGACGUUUGCCAAGCCAGAGGAAGACGACAUUGUUCUUGCAACUAGCAAAGCCAUUUCAGCUUUACGCUCAAAUAGAGUGCGGACCGACCGAUUUCACGACCAGGUGAAAAUGAUGUACUCCUGGCGGGACGUGGCCGAGCGUACCGAGCGGGUUUAUGAAGGAAUCAUUGGUGACAUCAGGCCAGAGGAGUUCUAUGGAUACUAUCCUGGCCAAGGCUGGGAAGCAAGCGGCGAUCGCGUUCGCAGUUUUGCACUCAUUGAUCGUUUGAAGCGAUAUUAUGGUUGUGGCGUCUGGGCUGGAAAGCUUUUCUGCCUUUGUGUUGUGAUUGACUUCCUGAUCUAUGUUUUUCUGGAAAUGUGGUUUCCCCGUGCCAAUAUUGAUAUUGCCCGGAGUUGGCCUAAGAAACCACCUGCGCCCAAAUCCCGUGAAUCCAACACAUCUCGCGGUUAUCGAUGA